AUGGCGCAAGAAAGCCAUGCGCCACUCACAAAAAACAGGGCAUCCUCGCCGCAUGCUCGCCUGAGGAAAGAGGGUGAAGCAAAUGCCGGGAAGGACGCAAGCGGACGCAAGGAACAGGUGGCCGAACGUCAACCUUUGGUCCUGGCACGCACAGUGCAGGGAUUUCUGCUGCUUGGCACGCGCAUGGUGCAGCAGUCAAUGCGCAACGCGCUGUCGCCGCUGCUUGUCUUCAUGAGCGCUGAGAUGGACAUCACUAUGGCGCAGAAAGGAAGCCUGUUGUCAGCGAUUGCGGCCGGCUACUUCUUUACCCAAGUACCAGGCGGUGCUCUGGCAGAUCGCCUGGGCGCAAAAAAUGUCAUGACAGCAGCCUUGGGGCUCAGUGCCUUGUGCUGUUUAGCGAUCCCAUUUUUUGUGGACAGCAUGGGCGUGUCUGGGCUUUGGUACAUCAUGAUGGUUAUGGGGAGCGUGCAGGGCCCCUUGUUUCCCACCAGCACCGUGUACUUAAGCAAGUGGAUGCCCAAGAAGGUGGAGGGCGGAGCUGAUGAGAAGGCUUGGGGCACCAGCAUGUUGGACAUUGGCGUCACUGUAGGCACUCUCCUGGUCAUACCCAUGGUCAACAGCUUGGCUGGGGUGCUGGGCUGGAGGCUGACGUAUCAGAUCGUGGGAGUCUUGAGCUUGGGCUUUGUGGCCGUUUGGCAGCUGCUGGCGGCGGAGGAGCCAACCGCAUCCAUGGCUAUCUCUCAACUGUGCGUGCAGCUUUGUGACCCUGACAGUGGGGUUGCAAAGGUGGCGUGUCAGGCGCUGCUGCAAACAGAGGCUUUGGGUGGCAACUUUGAGCAUGUCCUGGCUCCGCUUCUCUUUCGCUUGGCUGAACGCCCUCCUGCAUGGCCGCUCUUGGAGGAUGUGCUCCUCCUGUUGAAGUUACUCUUGGAAGCGCCAAUUGAGCACACCGAGCCACGGGCUGCGAGUGUCGCGCCCCGCCUGGCGCCGCUAUUGCUGGAGCGGAUGAGUGGGUUGUUGGAAGUGAUCUGGGCCGAGGCGUCCAGUGGGCUCACGGAGGGUGCCAGCCUGCGAGCCUUGGAUGCUGUCGAGGUGCUCUUGCGAAAGUGGUACAUCCAUGCGGACCAUGCCACCAAGCUCGCGAAGAUGCAGGUUGGCUUUUUGGCCCACUUGGCAGUUCAAAGGGCCACCAGUGAGGUCUCCCGCCAGGAGCAAGUUCUCAGUCUGAAGAUUUUGCAGACCUUGGCGGAAGUCGAGCGGUCAGUGGAGACUUUGGCUACCUUCUACCCUGGAGUAUGCACUGCUUUGGCCAAGAUCUUGCUGAAAUCAGGUGAUGCCAAGUUAGGCUCCAAACUGGUCGUUGCCAGCUGCAGCUGCCUCACCAGCUGGAUCACAGUUGUCCUUGGUGCAGAACCUGGGCAGUGGCCGCAAGAUUCGUGUGAGCCGCGGGCAGCGUUGGCGGCACUGUUUGCACUGCAGAAUGGGCGUUCAGUGGAGGAACCCGGUUCGACUUCACGGAGCGCCAUGCUCUCCGAGACGGGCGCCCGGAGCUCAGAAGUGCUAUGCGCGGUGCUGGGGGCGCCGGAGCAGCUGUGGGCGGAGAAGGCGUCAGUGAGGGAAGCCUUCCUCGACUUGGCCAUGAAGGGCUUGGGGAGAUGUAGCCACAGUCUCACCGGUGAAGCCUUGGAUGCCUGCUUUGAGGUGGUUUUUGCUGGCUUGGCCGAAGAGACCGCGUCCACGGCUUCCGACUUCCUGCAGGCCUCGGAGUGGAAUGCUGGACAACUCCAGCCACGGCUGUCAGAAUGGCUUUUACGGCUCCUAGCUGCGUUGGCGCGGGAGGCGAGUGCUUCCAUCGUGGAGGUUGUGGGGCUGCCAAGGCGCUUGGCCCAGGUCAAAGGAAUGCUGAAGUUUCUAGAAGCUCUGCCGGAAUUUCAUUGGACUGAGUGCUGCCUGCAAAAGAUGAGUGGUCUCAUCAUCAGCACCUGUGCCCUCACUCCUGAAAGGAGCCGUCAACUUCUUCGAGACCAACGGGGCCUUGCAUCCAUGCCAGGGACGGCGGUGAGUCAGGCGGAGAGGUUCGUCACGCUCUUCCCCUAUGAGCUGGAAGAGAUGACCCUCCCGGAGGAAAAGGUGGAGGAGCGUCUUGGUGACGCGGGCGACAAUGCGGAGCUCCCACCGAACUGUGUGCAGGUGAACCAGUGGCUUUUGCGAGCCUUGCGUGUGGCCGGUGGCCAGGAGCGACUGGCGCGCCAGGUGCGGAGCACGCUGGGGCGGCUCACACGAGUGAUGCGUGCAGAGACGUUGUUCACCAUCAUUCUUGAAGAAUGCGGCGCCCUCGACGGCAGGUCGAGGCACUGUGAGGCACCGAACGCCACGUGGCGACACCGGCAGCGGGCGGCGCUUUUUGUCCUGGCCACCUUCCUGAAUGCAGCCGAGCCAUCAGCGAUACCCCUGUGGUUACUGCAACAAUGCUUGAGCAUUGCUCAAUUGGCCCGGGAACCGGAGGCAUCCAAUGAGCCGGUAGAUGAGUGGGUGCUCCAGGUCCUUGCCUCACAUCAGUUGAUGGUCUCCGCCUUGCAGGUCUUGAAAUCCCAUGGGGUGCAUCGCCAGGUGCGCCACCUCCUAAAGCCCUUGAUGGAAGACUUGGGAUCAAGAUCCUUCGCUAUCUCUUUGGCCAGCCAGGGCACGCUGACUUUGCUUCAUCAGCUACUAGUGGCAGAAGGUCGCAUCAAGACAACUGGUCCGGCCGUCACCAGUCUCCUGGAAGAGUACGCCGAUUACCUCGUGGGCGAUGUUUGCUUCCAACUCCGCUUCGGCGAGGCCGGUGAUGGCGGUGCCCGGCUGUCGAUGCUGCUGGCGGCGGUGGUGCAAAACGUUGGCCUGGAGAUGACGCCAUUCCUCACGGAUGUGGUGCACAUGCUCAUGACAGGCCGUUCCAAAGGUGACUGGGUCCUACGGGUUUUGGCCACGACCGCGCAACGCUUGGCUUGGGUUUUAUGUGAGGAACGUUUGGCGCGGGCCAAGGGGCCACAGGUGGACGGUGGGACUCCACACAAAAGGCUGCAGGAUCGUGCCUCAAAUGCCUCGGCAGUGGCCGCCUUCCUAACUGGCGGCUGGCAAACGUGGAUGCCGCCGACACAUCGCGAUGGGUUCCGGUUGGGAGACCUGGGGCACCUGUUGGACGAGGACGCAGCUGAGGAAGAUGAGGAGGUUGGUCAGGCUGGCGACGUGAGAGUGGAAGACCAACCUGACGGCUAUGGAGCCCAGAGGCGGAUAGCUUCGAGCAUUGUCCUUUGGGCCCGGCAUUACUUGCAGUCCUCCAACUCUGUGUCGCGGCACUUGGCUCACGUGGCCAUUGUCCAUGGGCUCACGGUGCUCUCCACUCGGGUCAAGGACCUGCUGCCGCAUGUGCACGACAUUUGGCAGCAGCUGGCCUUGUCCUUUUCACAUGAAGGUUCCUUGAGCGCCGAUGCUUGCAUCCUCCUAAAGCAUGUGGCCAGGCUCUCAGGCGACUUUGUCCAGCGUCGCUUCGUCAGCGACUGUUGGAGCAGUCUGUGGCUCCGGCUUUGCACGACGCCGCCAGUGGAGAGUGGCAAUACAUCUCCAGAGCUGAAGAUGCAGUUGGCUGUGCUGGAUGUGUUGGCCUUUCUCUCAGGGGACUCCUUACUGGUGCAGACCAUUUCAAAGGAGCUUCUGGCAAUUGGGAUUAAGUUUCUGGGCCCCUCGGUGGCGCCGAAGCUGCGGGUGCGCGCACGUCAGUUGCUGGAGAACAUGGUGCGUGUGGACCCAGACCUGGCAUGGAUGUUCGUGGAAGAGUUGCAGUCUCCCUUUGAGGGAGGUCUCGAUUGGUCAGGGCGCCUCCUGCUCCGGAAGGUGGGCGCUAGUGAAUUGCUGCCAGAGGACAAGAGAAGCCUAGCAGAUCUGGUGGCGCAGGAUGAUCAGCAGCCCUGGUGUCCGCGUGUCGGACUUGGGGUUGGUGGCCAGCUUUGGUCCUCCUUCCUUGGAGGGGAGGUAGAGGCUGUGGAGGAAAUGGGUGGCUCAGACGUGGAGCCGCAGGAAGAAAAAGACUGGCAAUACUGCCAUUGGAAGCAUUUGCAUUCGGGCCUGCUGCACUGA